UGUCUUCCAAAUCAACGACAAUGGUACGUUGUUGAAGCCAGAUCACACCAGACUUCAUUUGCGUAUCUGUGUUACUGUGUAUGUCGUGUUGGUGUGAUAAAUGUCCCUCUCUUGCGGAAAUCGCCCUCGCUCUCUCUCUCUCUCUGUCUCUCUCUUCCCCCCUCUACUACCAACUUUUCUUCCUCUCCCCUUCUCCCAUAUGUCUCCUCCCUCUCUAUCCUUCUAUCCUUCUCUCCUCUUUUCCCUCUCAAGAACAGUGCCUCUCUUACCAAAGCUGGUCUGUAAACAGUCUGACCAUCUUCAAAUGGCAAGGGGCAAACAUCAAUCCUUUUUGUUCGCAUCCGGCUGUUUGGUGGCUUCGGCCCUCGGGUCUUUGGCCAUUGAACUUCUUUUUUCAUAAAUGCGGCAACAUUUUCUCUCCCAAUCAUCUUUUCUGACCUCUCUGAGUUGUUCUGCCUCUUUUUUAUUCCUUCCUCCUUUUUCUCGUUCCUUUCUUCUCCUCGCAAUUCUGUUACUGCUACUCACACGCUUCACCCGACACAUGUUUGUUCACACCUUCAGGGCUGAGACUGGCACUUGCAGCA